CACUUGGAGAGAUUAGCGCGCAGGCAGCAGUAAUCUGGUUUCAGCACCACGGACAGAGACACCGAUUCACCACCAAUCCUGUCCAAAGUUCACCUCCAGAGAGCUCUGAACCUUUGAGGGACACCAAAGAGUGUGAAGAAGUUCAUUUGGACACUUUAAGCAAAGUGGGACUUGACAAUGUUUGCUCGGUUGGUUGUUUUCUAUAUAGGCAGUUGAGGGAGUAGAGGAGAAAGGCUGCAAAGACUGCACAUUGGUCGGAUCCUGGAGUCGUGAGGAUGGAGGUCCGGCCGGACAGGUUUAAGGUCGUAGCAGCCAAGACUCUCGGGAAAAUAUACGGAGCUCUCGAGAAGAAGCAGGAAAAUGGCGAGACCAUCGAGCUGUCGGCGGAGGGCCGGCCGGAGAUGGUGGAGGAGAAGGAGUUGCCCGUGGUGGACUGCACGUGCUUCGGCCUGCCCAGGCGCUACAUCAUCGCCAUCCUCUCUGGCAUCGGCUUCUGCAUCUCCUUCGGUAUCCGGUGUAACCUGGGCGUGGCUGUCGUCAGCAUGGUCAACAGCCACACCGUCUUGAAAGACAACAAGGAGGUCAUAGUGAAAGCUCAGUUUGACUGGGAUCCAGAAACGGUGGGAAUGAUCCACGGCUCCUUUUUCUGGGGAUACAUAGUAACCCAAAUCCCAGGAGGGUUCAUAUGUCAAAAGUUUGCAGCAAACAGAGUGUUUGGCUUCGCUAUAGUGGCCACGUCUUUCCUGAACAUGCUCAUCCCUUCAGCAGCACGGAUGCACUUUGGUUGCGUUAUCCUUGUCAGAAUAUGUCAAGGACUCGUGGAGGGGGUUUCAUAUCCGGCCUGUCACGGUAUUUGGGCAAAAUGGGCACCACCUCUUGAGAGAAGUCGCCUGGCCACGACGGCCUUUUGUGGUUCUUAUGCUGGUGCUGUGAUUGCCAUGCCAUUAGCUGGAAUCCUGGUCCAGUACUCCGGAUGGUCAUCAGUCUUCUACGUCUAUGGAACUUUUGGGAUCAUGUGGUAUUGCUUCUGGUUCCUGGUGUCUUACGAAAGUCCAGCAGCUCAUCCCACCAUCACUGAGGAGGAGAGAACAUAUAUUGAGGAAAGCAUCGGCGAGACGGCCCAAUUUACAGUAACGAAAUUCAACACACCGUGGAGGGCCUUCUUCACGUCCAUGCCGGUGUACGCCAUCAUCGUGGCGAAUUUCUGCAGAAGCUGGACUUUCUACUUGCUUCUCAUCAGCCAGCCUGCGUACUUCGAGGAGGUGUUCGGGUUCGAGAUUAGCAAGGUGGGCAUGGUUUCCGCUCUUCCCCACCUCGUCAUGACCAUCAUCGUGCCCAUUGGCGGCCAGCUUGCUGACUAUCUGCGCUCCAACAACAUCAUGACCACCACUAACGUCAGGAAACUUAUGAACUGUGGAGGGUUUGGGAUGGAGGCAACCCUGCUGCUGGUGGUGGGCUUCUCUCACACAAAAGCUGUUGCCAUUACAUUCCUGGUUCUGGCUGUGGGUUUCUCUGGCUUUGCCAUUUCAGGUUUCAAUGUCAACCACCUGGACAUUGCACCACGCUAUGCUAGUAUCCUCAUGGGUAUCUCCAACGGUGUAGGCACUUUGUCUGGUAUGGUUUGCCCUCUUAUAGUUGGUGCCAUGACGAAGCACAAGACGCGGGAGGAGUGGCAGGGGGUAUUUCUCAUCGCAUCGCUUGUUCAUUAUGGAGGUGUUAUAUUCUACGGCCUCUUUGCAUCCGGAGAGAAGCAAGUUUGGGCGGAGCCAGAGCAGCUGAGCGAUGAAAAAUGUGGCAUCCUGGAUGAGGAUGAGCUCGCAAACGAGACGGAGGAGCUGUAUCGCACCAGUGGCGGGGGAGGCUACGGAGCCAUGAACCAGGGAACGGAUCCCAACGGAGCCGGAGGCAUGGGAGGAGGAGGAGGAGGAGGAGGCUGGGUCUCAGAAUGGGACAAAACUGAGGAGUACGUCCAACCAGCUGGAACCAAUAAUUACCUUUAUGGAGGAGAGGGGGACCGGGAGUUAACAUAAAACCAGCAGAUCUUCUGCACAAAGAAACAGCACA